GUUUAACAGACAACUUUCAUUUGCUCACACUCGAAAAGUGAACAUUUUCUGAUGCAACAUCAUCAAAUCCCAGUUUUUGGAAGUAGCUGUUGGAAUAGUGACGAUUUUUAGGUGUUUUCGAGCCGUUUAAUUGUUCAAUCGGCGUAAAAAUGGCUGAGGAUGAUGCGAUAUUUGAUCCUUCUUUGAUGAAGAAAAAGAAAAAGAAGAAGACUCCGUUCGAUUUGGACGCAGCGAUGACCACAGAAGAAAGCGUUGAACCAGAGGAUCCGUCAGCCGAGAUGACGGGAUCGGUAGAGUUCACAGUCGCCGGAGCAGAUGCAGCAGGAAAUGAUCUGGACGACAAUUUGGAUUUGGAGAGUUUCGGCAAGAAAAAAAAGAAAAAGAAGAAGCCGUUCAAUUUGGAUGACCUGGACAGUGCCCUGGCGGCCACCGAGGGUGGAGCCGAUGGAGAGAAGGGAGAGAGCAAGGAGGUUCGUGGAGGAGAUGACAUUGAGGGUGGAGGCUUUGGUGGGGAUGACGGCAUGGAAGAUGAUAUGAAGAUCGACUUCAGUAUGAAAAAGAAAAAGAAGAAGAAGAAGGAUCUGACAGAAUUGAUGGAAGCUGAGGAUGCUGCACGGGAAGAGGAGAAAGAGAAUGGCCUUACGGAUAACGACGGAAGCGUCACGGAAUUCGUGGACGAACAGAGUACGACAUGGGCCGGAUCUGACCGUGACUACACGUAUGAUGAGCUUUUGCAGCGCGUGUUCGAAAUCAUUUUAGACAAAAACCCCGAUAUGGCUGCUGGCAGGAAGCCCAAAUUCGUGAUGCGUCCACCGCAGGUGUUGCGCGUCGGUACCAAGAAAACCUCAUUUGCGAACUUUACCGAAAUUUGCAAAACGCUCCACAGACAGCCCAAACAUUUGCUGGACUUUUUGCUCGCUGAAUUGGGUACUAGUGGCUCGGUGGACGGAAACUCCCAGCUUAUCAUUAAGGGUCGCUUCCAGCCGAAGCAGAUCGAGAAUGUGCUUCGACGGUACAUCAAGGAGUACGUGACAUGUCAUACUUGCCGCUCGCCGGAAACUAUUCUCCAGAAGGAUACCCGUUUGUUCUUCCUGCAGUGCGAAUCAUGCGGGUCACGAUGCUCGGUGGCCAGUAUCAAGUCUGGUUUCCAAGCCGUCACGAGCAAACGUGCGGCGAUCCGCGCAAAGACGGCCUAAACAAGCUUUUGCAAAUGCGUUCUCCCGUUGUUCGAUUAUUUUACCUCAGUUGGAUCAUUGCGUUUAGGCUCUUAAUAAUCUUUAUUGAAGAAAUACGCAGUAAAUUGUCACAUUUUUUUUUCUAGGAAAGUAAGAUCAAAACCUGCAGGUGAUUGUAAGAUAAACUAAGAUAAACUUACAAUCACCUGCAGGUUUUGAUCUUACUUUCCUAGAAAAAAAAUGUGACAAUUUACUGCGUAUUUCUUCAAUAAAGAUUAUUAAGAGCGGUGAUCUUCGAAAGCAAUUGAUUAAUAGCGAAUUCGUUUUUGUCCGGUUCAACCCCAGUGCCGCACUAACUGCUGUCAAAACGUUUUUUUAUUCACUCAGUGUCGCACUAGUUCGCCCCGAAAGCUGUUAGUUUCGCACUGAGAUGUUCCACGGGUUGACACUCGGGUUCACCAAUACAACUAUACUGAACUGUCAAGUUCCGAAUAUUGUUUUGGAAAAUCUAAAAAUAAAGACUAUGAAAAUGGAAAACCUGCUGCUUUUGCUUUUGUAUUAUUGGAAUCGUAAUCCAAUUCGGAUUCAGAUUUUGAAGAGUAGAGUAGACGGCAUUAAGCUACGUGUGCUUUCAUUGGGAGGUGAAAAUAAUGAUGGAUAUUCAGGUGGAAUAAAUUUCAAAAUCAAAAUUAUGAAUGAAAAUUUACUUUAACGUAUCGAAUAUUUAUUUUAUGUGAUUAAAUAAAAGUUUUUUUCCGAUAUCGCAGAAUAUUGAACGAAAACUGUGUCUAAUGAUGGUUUUAUAUUAUAAUAGUAAUUAUUUGUGGAACAAACAGGAAAUGCAUCGACAAAUGGUUAAGUGAGUGUCAGAACUACAUGUGUUAGGUAAUCAAACAAUAUUAAGUAAAAAUUUUCAUUCAAACUUUUAUAUGUUUACACUGCACUUGGCAGUUUGGCACUGACUCAGUUUUAAAAACGAAUUCGCUAUAAAUAUUCUACCUUGUGUUCCAUAUUCUGCCAAUUAUAUUCGGAUUGAGUUAAAAUUAUAUUGCCUGCUGAAUCGGUCUAACUUUUUUUUUGUCUAAACGCAAUGAACCUGUUGUAAUAAAAUACUGUCUGAUCAUAAA